AUGGACUCCAGAGCUGGUGGAAGCUGCACCCCGCGCCCACCCAUCCGCCAGCAGCCGGCGUCCGAGACCCGCGUGGUCACUGUGGUCUUCCUGGGCCUCUUGCUGGACCUCCUGGCCUUCACUCUGCUGCUGCCCCUGCUGCCCGGGCUGCUGGAGAGCCACGGCCGUGCCCAUGACCCUCUCUAUGGCUCCUGGCAGCGAGGGGUGGACUGGUUUGCUGCAGCCAUCGGGAUGCCCGCAGAGAAGAGAUACAACAGCGUCCUGUUCGGAGGUCUCAUUGGCUCCGUCUUCUCAGCCCUGCAGUUCCUCUGGACACCGCUCACGGGCGCCGUCUCCGACUGCCUGGGGAGGCGCCCGUUGAUGCUGCUGUCGCUGGCAGGUCUGGUCACCUCGUACGCCGUGUGGGCCUCUUCGGAGAGCUUCGCCGCCUUCCUGGCCUCCAGGGUGAUUGGCGGCAUCAGCAAGGGGAACGUCAGCCUCUCCACAGCCAUCGUGGCCGACCUGGGCUCUCCGCCCGCCCGGAACAGAGGCAUGGCAGUCAUCGGAGUGGCCUUCUCACUGGGCUUCACGCUGGGCCCCAUGCUGGGCGCCUGCCUCCCGCUGCAGCUGGCACCCUGGCUCGCCCUGCUCUUCGCCGUCUCCGACCUACUGUUUCUCUUCUGCUUCCUGCCGGAGACCCUUCCCCCAGAGAAGCGGGCUCCCUCCCUUACCCUGGGCUUCCGAGCUGCCGCCGACCUGCUCAGCCCCGUGGCCCUGCUGCGCUUCUCCGCGGUGGCCCGCGGCCAGGACCCGCCCACUGGAGACAGGCUCAGCCACCUGCGCCGCCUGGGCCUGGUCUACUUCCUCUACCUCUUCCUGUUCUCCGGCCUGGAAUACACGCUGAGCUUCCUCACGCACCAGCGCUUCCAGUUCAGCAGCAUGCAGCAGGGGAAGAUGUUUUUCUUCAUCGGCCUCACCAUGGCCACCAUCCAGGGCACCUACGCCCGGCGGAUUAGCCCCGGCAGGGAAAUUGCAGCUGUGAAACGGGCCAUCCUGCUGCUGGUCCCCGCCUUCCUUCUCAUCGGCUGGGGGCGGUCGCUGCCUGUGCUGGGCCUGGGGCUGCUGCUCUACUCCUUCGCUGCUGCAGUCGUGGUGCCCUGCCUGUCCUCCGUGGUUGCCGGCUAUGGCUCGCCUGGGCAGAAGGGCACAGUUAUGGGCACGCUGCGGAGCCUGGGUGCCCUGGCCAGGGCGUUGGGGCCCAUGGUGGCCGCCUCAGUGUACUGGCUGAUCGGGGCUCCGACCUGCUUCACCGUGUGCUCAGGGCUCUUCCUGCUCCCCUUCCUCCUCCUGCGGCCCCCAGCACAGUCACUCAAGGCCGAGUAG